AUGUCUUGUCCCAUUCCUAGCGACCAGAUUCGCCAGAACCUGGAACGUUCCGCUCGCGAAAAGGGCUGGGGUUCACCUUUUCAGCUGGGAGGCCCAUACAAACCGGGCUCACAUAUCGAGAACCCAACCGUGGGAAAUGGUGAUCUCAAGCAUCCGGAACCGGGCUUCUACUUUACCUGUCCACCAAACAAGUCCUAUAUCUUUUCUGUCGCCAAGAAAAAGACACAGGGAGGACAUGGCAGGCCCUCAGGCAUCCGACUUCAAGGUGGCUUCCUCCCCUAUCGGGAGAUCACUGCCGACACUUCUGAACAUACUUGGUAUCGGGCGUCACAACUUCAAAAGACGCACCCAGAUAUUUGUAGGAAAGUAAACAAGCGCCCAGUGGAAUGGGAGGAUUUGUACGAGUACUUUGAUGGCGAGGAUAUCUACCAAAUGGGUGCCUACAACGCCUGGUGCGUGGUCAAUCUGCUCUACGAGAUGAACCUCCACAUCAGCGAGGACAUCGAGGCCGAGUGGAAGAAGCUGAUGGAUUUGGCUCUCUACGAAUGGCUCGCCAACUUUGAUGAUGCCAAAGACAAGCUUCUCGCCUUUGACAGGCACAACACCACCCGCAGCAUCCUCACCGUCCUGGAUGAUGCGUCCAACGUCUUUGACCUUGACGCACUGACGAGGAAUCAGAAGGCAAUGCUAGCGAUACGGACUGGUCUACUGCGCGAGAAACUACUGGCAGAGGGAACGGAGCAUACCAAUGUGACUGUUGCUACCCAGUUCAAGCCAAACUUGAAACUUCCUGAGGUUACCCAUGACCACUACGUCGACAUGCCAUUAUCAGCCCCACCAUCCGUGUCCUAUUUCCAGACACAGUCGACUCAGUCUCAAUCUUCUCAGGUGCCGGCCGCGACACCAGUGGUGUGCAGUACUCUCAGUGACGAGACUCAAUCCAGUUUCAAAGAAGAGGCCAAGAGUAACAAGAGUGACUACCCAAAGACUCCAGAGCGCGUGCGCUUCCAGAGCCGGAGCAAUCACGUUUCUCCGACCAAGCUUCCUCACCAUCGUCAGCCUGCACCCAGUGCCCCAGUGCCUAUCUUUCUCGGCUCACAUUCCCCUGACAAGGGAGAUCAACGAAGCCAAGUGCCAGCGCCGUCGCUGCCUAUCCACCGGGGAGCAUCUGCUCCUUUCGGGUUCCAGCAGCAUCAACAAUUUCCUGCAGCAGCCCCCCAAGGCUAUCAAGGUCCGCAGAUGCAGCCUCCCCCUGUGCUACCGGAUCUGAAUCACCGGGUCCGCUUUCACCCGAACUCAUCUGUCGACAACAAUCAGGGCCACAACAACCACCACCAGCAGACUCGGUCGCGACACGCGCAACAACCCUCUACUGGCAACAUAUCUUAUCGCUCACGCAACUCGAGCACAAGCCCCCAGAAGAACGGCUCUUGGGAGCCCCGCGACGUACCAAAUUCCAUCCACGGCCCUGUCGUGUGCCGUCCCGGUUCCCGUCGCGACAGCACCUGCCAGGACGGCGGAUCUAAUCUAUCACUCAACAGCGAGACCCGCCAUGCUUCAUCAUCAGUAUUGGAGGACCGUAAGAACCUACCCCAUGGCCAGAACAACGCCCACAGCAACCCCAAGCAGCACCAGUGCGCCAAUUAUCCUAUUCCCCCUUCUGAGCCUUCGGUCAAGUGUGAAUGCCGCGCAUGUUGCGACAAGAGCCGCAGCGUAAUCGUAUUCUUUGACAAGGAGUCUGUGACCGAGUCUCACUUGGAUGACCUACGCAGGAUCUUUAGCCACUGGGGACAGAUAGAGCAUGCAUACAUCCUGAACAACAAGCGUUAUUCUCAAAAGGCCCACUUUGAACAGGCUCUUAUUCGAUACUUUAGCGAUUCCGUACCACCAACCGUGCUUCGGGAUAUGUUACCAUCGCGGCCAUGUCGUCUCGGGAACAGUAUAGUUCGCGUCAAGCAUCCUAAGGGAUCGAGGUACUUCCUUGGCUACCCGAUCUCUCCGAAUCAUCGUCGCAACUCGGUCGCCAACAAUGGUGCUGCUUCGGGGUCUCGGCCGUCGUACCAGCACCCAGUUCAGGGCGACAACUCCAUGCCGCCACCUUCUUGGCCUAUCAAGGACAAGCAGGUCAAUGGCAACGGUCCUAACCCGGCUCGGCACUCCAAGAAGCCUGCUCACGUUGGCCAAUUGACGCUGGGACGGGAUCAGCAGCAACCGCAAUACGGCAACAUCGGACCCGGUCAGACUGGUCUGCCGACUCCCCCUCUGUCCGCAAACCUCAACAUGCCGCCACCGCCAGUACAGUCGUCGAUGCACAACAUGGCGGCAUCACCGUAUCAGAUGGCGCCUUUGCCUAGUGGGAUGUCAACAUAUGCCCACAAUCAGCCACCGUUCAACUCUGUCACGAUGUAUCCUUCAACAGCUACGGCUCCGUUGCCAGGCCAGGCCACAUUCGCUUACCAUCCGCAGCCUGUUCCUCACAAUCCACCUCAUCAGGCUGGUGUUUUUCUUGGUUUACCUGCGCCCCCUGUGGUCACUGCGGUUCCUACGGUUCCCGAGGUCGCUGCUGCGUCUGGUCCUGGCCUAUCAGCCAAGCCCAUGAUCGUUGCGAGCGCCAAUGGAGGCCAAAGCGUCACAUCUCAGACCGGAAAAGACACUCGCCAUAAUAGCAUCACGGUAUCUCGAGAAGGCUCUCCCAAGAAACAGCUUGCUCGCAGCAAGGUCCAGCCGCCUGUUGUAAGCAGCUCAAUGACCGGACAGGAACCCACUGAGAAAGGCCAAGGCGAAGCAGCCAAGACCAAAGAGCCCAAGAAGGUGCCCACGGCCAUCGCCACAGAGUUGAUUGACAAGGUUGACUCCGGAUCGUCCACUGCCAACUCGUCCUUUGUGAUCCUGACGCCCAACUCAUCCUUCAACAGCGCCAGCAAUGAGAACUCGCCGUCUCGGACUCAGCUUGAGCCAGAGGUUCGCGACGGCAGUAUAAUCGACUAUGGAACCGUUCGUGUUCGUAUCAAGAAGAACCUCGGUCCGAGCUCUCUUUUCAACGAGUGGAUGAUGUCUGCCGACAACGAUGCAGGCACUGUCGAGGAAACCGCCGUCGAUUCUUCGGCUCAAGCCGAGCAAGGUAGAGUCGCCGUGGUCUCAACUGAUGCUACCAACGCUGAAGCGUUGCAGGAGGUCAAUAGGCGCUCCGUGAUGCCUGUGGAUGAGAAACCGAGCAGUCCUGCUCCGAAGUCUAAUGGUGGCAAACAUAUUCCCGUCACAGCAGAUGUCGAUGUAAAUGCUACUGGCACGACUCUGGCUGUUAACUAUGAACAGCACGAUGUACCACAGAAGCAGAGUGGGCCCAAGAAGGGCAAAAAUAAAAAGAAGAACAAGGCCAAACAGCAGCCGGGUCAAGAGAUCAUAAGCUCUACCGCAGACCACAAUGAGGCACGCUCUGUAGCGGGCGGUAACCACGACCAUGGCAAGGGGACAGGCGCGCAGACCCAUGAUGGUCAGGAGAAGAAACAGGGUAAGAAGAAUAAGCGCAACAACCACAAGAAGAUGUUUCGGGCACCUUCGGAGAUGAGUGACGGGAGCCGCACAAUGAGCUUGGUAUCUGGUCCCUCUGGUCGAGUGACCCCAGAGCCCGAGGCGCAUGAUAAGCAAGCUGGCGAUGCGGUCGGUGAAGCCAAGCCUGCAGCCGACAACGAGCCGCCUUCGCCACCACCAGAAACAACUGAUCUGGCUGUGACCAAGACGCGCGCUGGUAGAGAAGGAACCGCAACCCUACACCAUGGCAAUGUUCCCGUGGUUGCCCCUCCCUCGGACCAGGCUGGGCCCGAGAGCUCGCCGUUUGCAUCGCAGAAGGACGAGAUUGCUCGGCGGCUGAGCGACCGAGAGCCCGUGGUUUCUUCAGUCAUGACCAAGCCUCCUCCCAAGUUGAUGAUUACGCAGACGAGCAGGAGCAGCACGCUACCGGCUGGUUUUGAUCCUUUUCCUCGACCCGCACCUCUGCGGACCGCGACUCCUACCACAGCGACGGUAGCGGAUAAACAGGAACAGCGCAAGUUGCCGCAGACGCCACCUGCGCGCGAACUGACACCUCCUGCCACUCCAAAGGAGGAUAAGUCUUCUUCCAACUGUCCUCCGGUGCAAGCGAAUAAAGUCGAGUUGCCUGCUUCGCCACUGCCCAGCAGGCAGCCGAGCUUCAACCCCAAAGCUCAGGUUUUUGUCUCUGGGGGACCGCGGCAACCACCGCAUUUUUCGCAACCGGCCGCUUCACAGCCCGCCGAACAGCAGGAGCCCAAGAAAUUUCAAAAGAAGAAAAAGAAGACGGCCAAGAAGCCCCAGAAGAAUCAGCAACAGCAGGAGAAGCCUGAUGCGCCCGGUGCCAGCAACGAAUUUAUGAACAGCACCAACUGGCGCGCUACAGCUCCAGCUGCGAACUCGCAAAAGGCCGACGGUGUCCAGAAACCACAAGAAGCCACCAAGUCGCAGGGACCUGCUCCAGUGGUUCACAAUAACACCGGCAACAGCAACCGUAAUGCGGAUCGUCCGCCGACACCAUCAACGCCCCCCGAGCCGGCGUACAAAAAGGGCGACAAGCUGGACGUCAGCAAGGGCGAGACGUUCCUCAAACACCGCUUCAACGUCAUGUCGGAGCUCAAGGGCCGGACGCAGAAGGAAGACAAGAGCAGCAGGCUCGCCUCGUCCGCUUCCACCUCUUCGCCUGCAGCUGGCGGUGCUGCCGACUCGUCCACGUCGUCCUUUGCGGCAAAGGUUCGAAGCACCGACAACAACAAAAAGCCGAUUCCGCCGCCCGAGUCCUACAUGGCCUGGCCCAGCCUCCCUAGCCUCCCCAGCAGGCCCGUGACGGACCAGCAAGACUUGCCGUCGUUGACGUCUCGGGGCGGCAUCCUCAGGCGCGAUGGCGAUAAGAAGGCAUCGUCCCCUGUGAGCAGUGAGAAGAGCGCCAGCACCACCGUCAGUGACGCCAAGGGUUCAAAGGAGGCUACGUCUACGACCCUCAGCUUGAAGCUGACGCAGCACAAGACCCGUGCUAUGAGCAGUGCCAACUAA